UAAAAAGAAGGCAGAAAUGUUUCAAUUUGCUGUAGAAUUUUAGACAUUUUAUAUUGUGAGAUUCGUAUUCUGUUCUUACAAUGGAAAGGGAAGCAAUGUUUUGUCAGCUGUAAAGAAUGGCUUUUCGUUCGACAAAAGAGAAAAUAUAUGGCUACGAAGACUCUCGGUUUGAGAAAGAUGUCGACGAAAAUUUUCACUGUUCUAUCUGUUACAAUGUUCUCAAAGAACCAAGGAUGUGCAGAAAUAACGAACACAUCUUUUGUCUUGCCUGUAUCAGUGAACACCUACGUGUAAACUCUCAAACUUGUCCUGAAUGUAACGAGCAUUUGAGCGUAGAUACGCUUCGUAGGGCGCGUUUAGCGAGUAAUUAUUUGUCUAAGCUCAAGAUAAAUUGUGAUCAUGCCAGUCGAGGAUGUGCUGAGUUGACCUGUCUUGAAGAACUCGAAACACAUGUGGCAAAUUGUGGCUAUGCUCCUGUGUUGUGUUCAAAUGCAGAGUGUGGUAUGGUCAUCAACAAGCGAGAAAGAGUCCAUCAUGAGACUGAAGUUUGUCGACAUAGGAAAGAGAAGAUACAGGAAGAUGUGGGAACGUUGAAAAGAAGUAUAAUAGAACUAGAUUAUAAAGUGGAAGCAGCAAAUAAAGAGAUAAAGAACAAUAAUGUUGAAGUGAAAAAGGUUGUUGGGAAAUUGGAUUUAUUGGAAGGAAGUUUAAAGGAACUGGAUGGAAAAGUGGAAGCAGUGAAGAACAGCCAAAAUCAAAUUAAGGAAGAAGUUAAGAAAGAAGUAAAAGAUGUGAAAGAAAGUCUUUCAAAAGUCAACAAAGACGUGGACAAAGUCAAAGUGAUGAUGAGUCAAGUGUUAGAGAAGUUAAAUAUGCUUGAAAUGCUUAACAAACUGCCAUCUCCGACUGAGGGAAUGUUGAAGACACCAAGGGAAGACAUUUUGAUUGCAGGUGGUUACUUUUUCAUUGCAACUAGUAAAAGUGUGGAAAUAUAUUCCUGGGAGAAGAAUGGUUGGUUUAAGGUGUCAUCAAUGAAUCAACAGCAUUCUGGAUCUUCAUCAUUUAUUUAUAAUGAUCAGUUGUUUGUUGUUGGGGGAGCAUAUAGAAAGACAAUAGAAACCUUGGACCUCAAUGAAUUGCCUUUGAAAUGGAUGAAAUGUCCUGGAGAACUUCCUUAUAAGGGUGGUGAUCAUCAAACUCUUGUUUACCAACAGCGUGUUAUUCACAUUGGUGGAUCUAAUUAUGACCAGAGAAGACAGUCUAAUAUGAUCAGUGAAUUGCAACUUACCUCACCCGUCACUAUGAAAAAAUUGUGCCUAAUACCCGAGCCACGAUCUUGUCAUGGUGCUGAGAUUUUUGAAGAUAAAAUCAUGAUUUUGGGAGGAGAAGCCCGUAAUGAGCAUCCUUUAAAUAGUGUGUUGGAGUUUGAUGUAAAGAAGAAUGAAUGUAAAGAGAUGCCACCAUUACCACAUCCCUUGACGAGAAUGGCAACUGUUUGCUGGAGAGAUCAAGUAGUUGUGCUUGGAGGACAUGAUGAAAGAAAUAAUGCUCUGAAUGAUGUUUUCAUGUAUGACUGCAAGACGGGCAAGACCACAGCUUUACCAUCCAUGUUGGAGAAGAGAUAUGAAUGUUGUGCGGUUAUUACUGGAAAUACCAUUUUAGUGAUGGGAGGUGCAAAUGAGAAAGAUAAACAUCUCAGUUCAGUGGAGUGUUUUACGAUGGGAGGUUCUACGUGGGAAUAUCUUCUUGCCAUGAAUGAAGCCAGGUACAGAGCAAUUGCUGAAGUUUUACCUUCCGCAAGAAAAUAUGUGUAAGUUUUACACUUGGACAUACUGUUGAAUGUUUAUUCACAGUAAUGCGUAAAGGUCAAAUUUCUUGGUUUUUACCACUUAAGAGGGAAUUCUUGUUAAAAGGUAUUGUUAUACAGAGUGUCUCAACAAAAGGUAAUCUCUGUUUGGCAUGUUAUUGUGUUUAAAAUAUUAGGUGUACAGAUAUUUUUCUAUGUCAAUAAUGAUCAGGCCAUUAUAGUUGUAGACGACCGGUGAACAUUCUGAAACAUACUCUCUGAUAGCAUUUUUUGUUACUUGUAAGCUAACAAGCUGCCAACUGGCAUUCUUGUAGCUUACACAUUCAUUUUGGUGAACAAUACUAUGACACCUUUGAUUUUGGUUUUAUA